AGAGCUCAUGGAGGGGGAUGCCGGCUGGCCUAUAGUCCGGGUAGAUACUGGAUUGCAUUAAAAGAGGGGGUAGGCUCCUCAGGGGUAGGCCAGUGAAUAAACAGGUAUAGGCCUAAUUACUUGACUGAAAAGUGGGAGCGCAUCUCACGAAAGAGACAUGGAUUUUGAAAAGGAGUGGAAGACCUAACCAGUUUACAAGAAAUGAAAGGAUUCUUCUUUUUUAUAGUGAGGGAGACACGUCUGUGACAUAUGUGCCCCUAUCGACCCCUCCCACUCGGUUUUCACGCCAUUCUGAGUCCCGUCUGAGUCGGAUUAUCACAUAUGAAUUUGUACUACGACUUUUAAAUCUCUGACUUUGACUAUUCACUUGUCGGGAUAAAUACUGAAACCUUCGGUGUAGUUUGCUCCAGUUUUCCCACACGUUCUUCAGACCUAUAAAUUACACAUAACGUGCUAUAGGAGGUCAAGAUCAAGCAACAGUGUCGGAUAGCCAGUUUACGGUGGAUGGUCAAAUGGCUGCUACAGCGGGAAAACGCAUUGUGCUCGCCCAAGCUUUUGAUGGUGAUGUUACGGAGACAAAUUUUCGCAUAGAAUCUAUUCAGGUUCCCGCUCCCCAAGAUGGAGAGGUGUUGCUGGAAGCCGUUUAUCUCACAGUCGAUCCCUAUAUGAGAGUAUGGGGGAUCCAGGAAGGCGAGCUGAUGGUUGGAGAACAAGUGGCCAAGGUUCUGGCGAGUCGGGAUAAGAAUAUCGCUGUCGGUUCCUUGGUCCAGGCACAAAGUGGAUGGACAACACAUUCCGUCGCAAAAGGAAGUGACGUCACACCGAUACCGUCAUUCACGUCACCGGAUUGGCCAAAAUCACUUGCACUCGGUGUGUUAGGUAUGCCUGGAAAAACGGCCUACUUUGGGUUCCUAGACAGCUGUCGUCCUAAAUCAGGCGAAACUGCGGUGGUCAGUGGAGCCGCUGGAGCAGUGGGUGCCGUCGUGGGACAGAUAGCCAAAAUAAAGGGAUGUAGAGUGAUUGGUUUCGCCGGGUCUGAUAAGAAGGUCCAAUACCUAAAGGAGUUAGGAUAUGAUGUAGCAAUUAACUAUAAGACAAUGGGAGACCUGGACAAGAAUCUCAAAGAAGCGGCCCCCAAUGGCAUCGAUUGUUACUUUGAUAAUGUUGGUGGGGAGUUUUCGAGUACUGUGUUAUACAACAUGAAUGUUAGAGGGCGAGUAUGUGUAUGUGGGUCUAUUAGCGCUUACAACGACAAGGUCCGCCCAAAAGCGAGUAUUGUCCAACCAGCGAUAAAUCGGCAACGUUUAUCAAUGCACGGUUUGAUGGUGUAUGAUUAUAAGGAGAGGUUCCCAGAAGCCCUGAAAGACAUGAUGGAGUGGAUCCAACAGGGUAAACUCAAGUACCAAGAACACGUCACCAAUGGAUUUCAGAAUACCCCCAAGGCUUUCAUGCAACUUUUCACGGGGGAAAACUUUGGAAAGGCCAUCAUCAAAAUAUAGUCCUCUCUGGAUACAUGCGAAUAGGCCCCCUCAACCCCGAACAUGCCGCCCGUUGUCAAUUAUAACUAUUACAUUCUAAAUUUCAAGGAUUUAUAAACACGCAGAUUGACAGUAACCAGUCAAAUACUUGUAAAGGAAUAACCUUUAUCAAUUAUUUGAAUUCAUAUGUUGCAAUCCACAAAUUUUGAAAUUUGAAUCUAAUAUUGGUCACGAUUCAAAGCGGAUCUGGAUGUAAAGUUUUAGAAAUUAUAAACAUUGUUGCCAUUGUUUUGUUUGUGAAAAUACAAUUUUGUCACCAAUGGAUUAAAAGGAAAGCACUUGUAUUCUGUAAUAUGGCAACUUUUCCUUCGUUUUUUGAAUUUUCAAUGUUUUGUAAACUUUUACCUAUCUUUUUUUUUCUUUACAAAUUUGCUGCAAAAAAUUAUCAAAAAAGGCUUUAAAUUUGGCUUGAAUUUGGUCGCCAAAAAUUGCGCUAUCUUAUACCUGAUACAGCUCUACGCUUGUUGAUCUGCCGCGCCACAGCAUGAUCUCG